AUGAGUAACGACAACAUGGAGGUUGAUGAAGGAGUUAAGAAGAGAUUUGAGGUAAAUCAUAAGGUUAUCCAUUCAAUUAAGGGGUUCCUACUAUUUAUGAAGAACAGUUUUUAAACUUGUUUUAUUCAUUGACGUUUUGAAAUUCUGUAUGUAUGAAAUAGCUUAUAACGUGAGGCUUUUUAUUCUGAUGUUUUUACAGUUUUGUCUUAAUAAUGGUGUUUUAGGUAAAAAAAUGGAAUGCCGUUGCUUUGUGGUCGUGGGACAUGGUCGUGGACACUUGUGCCAUUUGCCGCAAUCACAUUAUGGACCAGUGUAUUGAAUGCCAAGCCAAUCAAGUGAGUUCUUUGCUGUUUAUUUUUAUUUUACUUUAGGUUUGUAUAUAAGCUGCUGUCGGGGCAGCACGUAAUCGUAAAGAAUAUUUUCGUCUGAUAUAUUUUCAACGGUUUUCUUAUAGUUUAGUUCACAAGAUAUUCAAUUUAUUUUUUAAUUACAAAUUCAUAUUAAAAAGUAGGCAUAAUAAGGUGUCCAAGGAUUGUUGGUUUGUAAGAGAAUAAAAUUGAAAAAUUGUCAAAUGUGUCAGACGUUCCUAUAGGUUUUCCUUUCUUUUGUUAUAGUGAUCUUUUGACGUUUUCUUAAAUUCAGGCAGCCAGUAACAACCAAGAAUGUACAGUGGCCUGGGGAGUGUGUAACCAUGCCUUCCAUUUUCAUUGUAUUUCUCGAUGGUUAAAGACGCGUCAAGUGUGUCCUCUGGACAACAGAGAAUGGGAAUUCCAACGAUACGGGCACUAA